CCGACUCCACAGUUGCACCUCUGUGUAUAGUAAAAGCAAAACAGUCGGAGUCACGAAUCUUGAUGCGCUCACCGGUGAAAUACUACAUCAUUUAUUUGGAUGAAUAACUUGACCCUGAACUCAAAGAUUCAAUUUGAGGAAAAUACGUUUUCCAAUUAAAACAGUUGCACUUUUCGUCGUUAGUAUACCAGCCAUUGCCGAGAUGAUCCAUGAGUGUAUGUUUUCCUCCAAAUGGGGUGAAUUCGUUUUUAACCUUUGGUACUGCAUCAACCCGUUGACAAAUUGGACUAUUCACGUAAUCGACGGUGCGAAAGGAAACAGAAUGACCUCAGUCUUGUUACUAUUACUAGCGGUUGGGACUUUGGCCAAUCAGGAACCAUGUUCCUCAGGCCAGUACACAACCAGUAAAGAAUGCUGCAAGCAGUGCCAGCCUGGAGAAGGAGUUCUGAAGCUGUGUGGAGCCGCUCAGACGGUCUGUGCCCCCUGCCGUGACAGUGAGUCAUUUUCAGAAAACUUCAGCCAUAUAGAAAAUUGCCAGCCUUGUACGCGUUGCAUGGGCCUCCUUCGCAUGCAGACGCCUUGCACUGACUCCAACAAUGCCAUCUGUGUGUGUGACUAUGGCUACUACCUGAACGAGUUGUCUAACCGGUGUGAGCGCUGCACCAAAUGCCCUGAGGGCCAGGGUAUGCUGUAUGGCUGUGACCAUGAUCGUGACACGGUGUGUGAGGAAUGCACCAGGGACAGCUACUCUGACCAGGAGAGCUCCCGGGAGCCUUGUCUACCCUGCACCAUUUGCGAUGAGGGAGAGCUGGAAGUAAAAGCCUGCAACUCUUCCAGUGAUACUGUCUGCCAAGAUCUAAACCCUCGCUUGUCCUCCAUCUCGCCCUCUCUCUCUCCGGGGUCCUCGAUGCCCCCCUUCACAGAUGAGGGUCUCCUGCCAGACACCACGGAGAGCCCCACCACCAGUGAGGAUUUACCCAAGCUCAUCUACCAGGGUCUGAACGAGCACCUCAUUCCUAUCUACUGCUCCAUCCUGGCAGCCGUUGUUGUUGGCCUUUUGGCCUUCAUUAUUUUUAAGAGGUGGAACAGCUGUAAGCAGAACAAGCAGGGCGCAAACAACUGCACAGCUAAUGAAACUCAGAGCCCAUCAGCGGAAGGAGAGAAACUGCACAGUGACAGUGGCAUCUCUGUGGACAGUCAGAGCCUGCAGGACCAACAAGGCCCGAGCCACACACACACAGUGGUCUCUGUCGAUGAAGAACCUUGCCUGCUGCUUCCCCUCUACACACAAGAGGAGAUGGAGAAGCUCUUGUACAAGGACUCUGAAGGGGUGGGGUUGGAUCACUCAGAGGAUAGUGAUUGGUGCAACCUAGCAGGUCUUCUGGGUUACAAGAAAGAACGUAUCGCUGACUUUCUCCAGGAGGAAAAUCCUGUCCGUGCACUGCUUUCUGAUUGGGCGAGCCAGGAUUGUGCCAGCAUGGACAAACUCUGCACAGCUCUUCACAAGAUCAACCGGGAUGACAUUACUCAGAGCUUGAUCCUCAGCCCCAGUGGCACCAAGCCUACUGCCACAUCGGCAGUGUGACAGGGCCACUCCCACAGUACACCCACAGUUUCACCUGUAACACCAAUGUUGAGAUAAUCUCACUGAAAGAUUAUAGCCAUGCCAACAUUCAAAGUAAUUUUUCCUGAAUGCAACAUGAAACAUUGCAUCAGAUUCCCUGUGCGAUUGCAACUGGAUUUGUAAAUAAUUUAUUUAUUAUAAAGUUCUCAAAUCACUGAAACCUUUUUGCAGCACUCCAUUAACUGAAGGAUCAACAAGACACAUCUGUACCACAAAUUAUAUUUCCUCUCUUUGUUUUCCCAUCAGUGUCUUAACAUUGAGGUAAGGUCAAGCUUGCAUUGUAAUAUGUGGGGGGGAUCUAUCAGCACUGCCAACUACAAGAGGUCAUGGAGGAAGGACACACGACAACUGACUAGCACAUUUUGAUGAAACAUGUAAGAAGAUCAUAGGAUCAGUCUGGGAAUAACAGUAACUAACAACAAGAAUGGGUGUAUUUGCUGUGACUGAGCCUGACAAAGCUGUGACUUUAGCUCUUUGGUAAAAGGCACUAUGCACACAAACCCCACCCACCACUUUGCACCUUGUGAAGCCUUGUUUUCAUCUUAGUAUACUUUCUUCUUACUCUUUCACUAAGCAUAGUGUUACAUAACUCUUAAAAUAUGUCUGUGCAGUGAAUUAUUCAUGACAUUGCAAACAUACUUACAUAUUGUAGCAUAGAGGAGCUUCGCUAGUAUUAGCAAUGUACAUAAAAAACUGGCUACAAACUAGAUAAUGACCCACUAAUCAACAUGAAAUCAAUGACCAUACAUUAACCCUCAAUUUUUUUUAUUGCCAACAAUUCGUAUUUUGCAUCAAUUUAAUCCAUAUAUUUAGUAUUUGACCUCAGUAUAUUUGAAUAGGCUGUCCAUCUGACUUUCUGGAUUUGGAGUUAGUCUGUUGACCUAACCUCCUAACCUUUAAAAACACUUGAAUAAGAUUCUAAUGGAUCAACAGUUGCAACACGGUGCUCUGUGCUGUAAUUCAAUAUGCAGUAUGACUCCAGAUUCAAUCACAGGCCCCAAACACACAAAUUCACUGUGUCUUUAACACUGAGGAAAUACACAUGGAAACAAUACACAUUUACAAACACAAACACGUGCUGUACAUGUACACACAAAACAGGUCAGACACAAACACGUACUGUACAUGUACACACUAACAGGUCAGACACAAUGAGAACACACAACAGUGAGGGCUCGGUUUCCCAAUUUAAAGAUGAUAUGCUCACUGCCAAAGUUAUAGGAGAGAGUGUAGUUUAUGUUGAUGUUAUGCUGAAUAUACACAACAUAAUCAACGUAAAAAACAUACAAACACUGCACAGACCCAACAUACAGUUAAACACAAUGCCAUUUCUAUGAAUAUGGCAUAAAACUCCAGAUAUGUUUCAAUUUUAGUUUUAUUUCUCAGGGUUUCUUGUGUGGUUUGUUUUUAAGUGAAAUGUAUAGAAUUGUGCUCUGCUAGUCAAUAGUAUUGCACAUGGUUAUGGGGAUAAGGGGAUUCUUGGUUUGGGACAGUUAUCCCAGGUGUUUCAAAACCUUACUCAGGUUGUGAUCUUGCAACUACCAAUCCUUCAUACAUUACCAUAGGAAUGGAAGCAGGUUAGAGAAUAUGUUAAAAAUAUCUUGGUUCCUUGUUGACCUUUGAAAAGGGCUACUUAUUAGACUGUUGGAAACAAAUACCCGAUGAAUUCCAUGCUUUGCAAACUAAAACCAUAAAUGGCAGGAAGUCACAUGUAAAUAAUCUACACAGCCAAUCUAUACUGCAUAUGCAAGGCUUCAUAUUUUUUAUAUGACUUAAUAAAUCGUUAAAGAUUAUGCUAAGAUUAUGGACAAAGUCCCACAGUCCUUCUUUCAAUUACUAUUUAAAAUGUGCUUAACUAAAUUGUAUUUAAAUCAUUUUCAAUUACAAAUAUUUGAGGAUUCUUUUCUAUCUUGAAAUGAGUAACUGCAACUGGGCCAGCAUUCUAAUGGUUGUUUUGUCUGGUGCAAACUAGCUAGCAAUGCCAUUUUCAUAGCAACACAAAAUGAGCCUUAGUAACCAAAGCUAGUGAAUGUGUGGCACAGUAAUAAUUGUAAUGUAACUGUGCUGUGGUUUAACCCAUGAUGUUAAAACUACUCAAGAAACCACCAAGCCCACACACCCAAAUGUCUGUCUGUUAAUCAAACAUGAAUACUGUCCACCGGUCCGAUAUUGAGAUUGGAACUACCUGUUGAACAAAAAUUAACUAUAUGAAGGUUAAUCAUAAAUCUGCUUUUGUAUAUUUGUAAUAAUAAUAGUUUCCCCCUUUUUUUCGAAUCGGGUAGGUUCUAGCACUCUAAUGUUUAAAAGCUGUAUAUAUUGUAUUUUGCAUCACAAGUGCCUGUUCUGUUUCAGGUAACAAAUUAUUUUAUUGUGUCAGGAUUAAUCGUUUUGCAAUUCAUCCUAAUGAAUGUGGUAAUUUUGAAGUCUAAGUUGUUCAUGAAAUUUCUGUCAGACCAGAUCUUUCUGUCCAAUCAGAGUGGCCAUUUGAAGACCCUCCUUUUUCCUUUAAGUAGUUUCUGAUCUACAAUUAUGUAAUAGGUGAAGGCACCGACUCCCCUGUAAAGCCAAACCAUGCUUUUCCCCUGUAAUAAAGCCAUAACAAUUACUGUAGUUUUACAUUUGGAAACUAUGACAAGGAAAGAAGCUGAAAACAGGCUCAUCUGUUCAAACAAAAUUCCCUUUGUUGCAGAGUAAAGUUCAAUAAUUAUUUUGCAUAAUCAAUUAAUGCCUAACUUACAUGUCAUGUUGCACUUCAAAGCAAGUAUAUUGUAGCUCAGAGGGAAAACAUAUCUUAAUAGUGAAGGGAUUAUCCAUGCAAGACAGGGACAAGAGGAAAUGUGGAGAAGCAUCACAAGUUGUUGUGUUUUACUUCAUAGUACCUCUUUAACCAUCGGGGAAAAUGUACAAAACUGCGAAAUAUUGAAUGUUAUAUGUAAUGUUAUAUAUUUACUAACAUGUAUGCUGUAUCAUACAAAAGUGUAGUUCAAAAAUGUCUUAUUAGAUAAGCUGUCCAAACAACAAAAUA